AGCUUGUGUACAUGGGAAGUCCCCAGUAUGGAAUAAGAAUCCCAUCAGCACCACUUAGUGCCAUAGAAAAGGCAUGCAGCAGUGCAGGGAGAUUGGCACUUGGGCUUCUUGAGCUGAUAAUAAAUAAGGAAGAGUGUUCUAGCCUGUCCAUUUAUGGACAGUCUAAAGGAAAGGUCCCAAUGGAUGUCAAUAAAAGAAAGGCUCUGAGAAGUCAUGUGUUCAACAGAUACAACAUUGGUUCAGAAGCAGAAAAGGACAGACUAUGGACCCAGGAAAUUGUAACGAAAUUGAAUGAUAAAAUACGAGCAAUAAAAAAUAAUUAAUACAAAUUACAGAAUUAAACAAUGGCUAAUCUAGCUUUUCCCUAUCUUUCUUACAAAAUUUUGGGCCAGAUCCCUAAGAUUUCUUUUAUGUACCAUAAUUUUAGCCCAAAAAUUUCUUUAGUUUUGCCCUAAUUUUGUGUCAGAAGAUGCUGGACAGCCUGUCAUAGGAUAAAGUUCAGGAAAAAUGUUUAAACUCACAUGGUCAGUAGGGCACAUAGAGUUUGGACUCACUGCUGCUUGUUUGUAUGUUUAAUUGUACUUUUCACUUAUUUCAUCAAAAGAUUUUUUUGCUGUUUUUGUGUCACACCCUAAUUUUUAGGUUUGCAAAUGAUAGAAAAGCCUAUGUUUAGCUCAUCACCUGUCACAAAGUGACAAGAUAAGCUUUUGUGAUUGCAUGAUGUCGAGUUCCCUUUGUCCAUUCUUCUGUUUAUCCAUAUAUCCCACUGGGGUAAUGGAAAAAUCCCACUGGGGUGAGGAUGGAUCCCAGUUUAUAAGAUGAGGUGGAUGAUCCCACUUGGAUAGUUAUUGGAUCCCUCUUGGAUGAGAGGUAGGAUCAUACAGGGUUUUAAAUUGGUUGGAAUCUCACCAGGAUAGUGGUAGGAUUUCAAUUGGGAUCCCACCAGGUUCCCCAAAUGUGGUUGCGAUCCUACCGGGAUAAGGGUUGGAUCCUCCCGGGAUAGUGGUGGGAUUUCAAUUGGCAUCCCACUGGGAAAUUUGGUCGGGAUCCCACUGGGAUGGUGGUGAGAUUUCAAUAGGAUCCCACUGGGAAAUUUGGUCAGGAUCCCACUGGGAUAAAGGUGGGAUUUCAAUUGGGAUCCCAGUGGGACCUAGUAGAAAAUUUGGUCGGGAUCCCACUAGGAUAAGGGUGGGAUCCCACCGGGAUAGGGUGGGAUCCCGACCAAAAUUCCCGGUGGGUCCAAGUGGGAUCCCAAUCUCAUCCCACUGGGAUUCCCAGUCAUUUUUUCAGUAGGGUAUGACAAAUAAAAAAUUCUUCUCACUGUAUUCAGUCCAUUUCCUGAUUGGAAAGUACCUUGGAAUCUGACCCCGUGUUCACUAACAUUUAAAGAUCAGGAUCAAGCUCAGAUCAGCUGAUCUGAUAUUUUGACUCACAUGAUCCUGAGCCGAAAUUUGGUGUUCACUAAACAAAAAAUAAUCGCGAUCAUGUGAGCCAAAGAUUAGGAUCAAUUGAUCUCGAUUGUUAAUAACAUAAGCGACCACCAGAAAACUCUUCAAUUGGAGGCGCUUGUUGUUUUACCGUCUGCAUCUCUGAAAAAUGGAGCGGUUUCCGAACUGGACGGAAAGAGAGAAAUUAUUCGUGAUAAAGAAAAUAAAUGACUCUUACAGUCACCUGUUUGGAAAGUUUAAAGGGGCGGCGAUGACAAAUAAAGAGAAGGACUGCCUUUGGCAGUCCUUAACUGAUGAAUUCAAUAGGCAAGUGAUUUUUUAUUCUUUUUUAUUUGCCGGGAGGGAGGGGCUCUUCAGAUAACAGUUCAUGUAUUGAACUGUGAACUUCUGCAGUGAACAAAAAUUGUCUUACUUAAUUAAGUUAUACUUAAGUUAUUAUGUAAGUUUCCCUUCUGUAUAUGGCAAUAAUGUUUUAUUUAGUUAUGUUACACCUUGUUUGUCAUUCAGUAUCUGAGCUAAUGGAGGAGAACAUAUGUUUCCCAACAACAAGGAGGGAAAUGAAGGCUGCAGCAGAUGGGUUUAGACAGCUUAGUGCUAUGCCUGGGGUGGUUGGAGCCGUAGAUGGAACCCAUGUAUCCAUACCUGCAGUCCUGCAACCAGAUCAGUUCAUAGAGCAGCCUUCAUAACCAACCACAUGAAAUAAGAGACUUGAAUUGCAGGCUUCAGCAAAGAAUUCAUGGUAUAUUGUUGAAAACAGCUCCAUAAAUGGAGCAGGGCCCGGUCUGCUGAUAAACCUUCAAAAGGUCUGUCAAAUACAAAUACAAAAUGUAUAUUAUUUUAUACACUUUUAAACUUCUUUUAAUAAGUAGUUAAAUUGUUUUUUUUUUUUAUUACUUGAAUUUAUAGUAUAAAAAAAUCGUUAUCGCAAUGAAUUUCUGAAGAUCUGGAUUUUCGGAAGCCAUGAAAAAUAUCAAAAUGCUUGCAGAAGCAGUUCCCACUAUAAAGAUGUGAAUCAUCUCAAACCUAAAAACACCAACACUGUCGAUCAAAGUACAACAAGCAAAACAAGCCAAAACAACAACAAACAAUCAGUCAAAUGUCUCACACCCUUGAAGAGGGAAAAUUAAAAUGUCAGUGGAUCUAACAGUGACAGGAAAAGUGAAACUUCAGACAAUGAUUUGGAUAAUUUCAUGACUGCAGACCAUCCUUCUGAGCCAGAUGCAUUUGGAGAUCCUGAACAAACAGGGGAACAAAUGGCAACCAUCACUAACAAAGCUCUCAGGGGAAGAAGAGAUAAUCAUGACAGUGAACAAGAGGGCCAUGAUGGCCCUGAAGUCACUCACCUGUAUAUAGGCCCCCAGAGUGGGGCCAGUUUAAACCUCAUGGCUUUUUUUUAAACAAACCUGGUAGACACCCAUUUGAAGAUGUUUCAUGCUAAACAUCUAAUGUCUAACACAUUGAGUUUUUAAAAAAAAGAUUUUUAAGUUUUAUACAAUUAUAGUUAAAAGCAAUGAAACCCCUAGGGCGGGUCCAGUUUGACCCAAGGGCUUUUAUUUGAACAAACUUUGAAGACAUUCACUAGAAGAUGUUUCAAGUUUAAUAUCUAAACUCUAGCUAUUUGUUUUUUUUUGAAAGAGGAUUUUUAAGUUUUAUACAUAUAAGGAAAAUUAAUGUCCCCCGGGGAAGGGCCAAUUUGACCCUAAGGCUUUUAUUUGAACAAACUUUGAAGACACUUACUGGAAGAUGUUUCAUGCUUAAUAUCUAAACUCUAGCUAUUUGGAUUUUUUUAAAUAAGAUUUUUUAAGUUUUUGCUAUACACAUAAAUAAAAUCAAUGACCCCCGGGGCGGGGCCAAUUCUGACCCCAGGGCUUUUAUUUGAACAAACUUUGUAGACACUCACUAGAAGAUGUUUCAUGCUUAGUAUCUAAACUCUAGCUAUUUGGGUUUUUUAAAAGAAGAUUUUUUUUUUAAGGUUUUAAAAUACACAUUUAAGGAAAAUAAAUGACCCCGGGGCAGGGCCAAUUUUGACCCAGAGCUCUUAUUUAAACAAGUUUGGUAGACACCCAUUAGAACAUCGUUCAUGCUUAAUAUCUUAGCUUUAGCUCUUUGGGUUCUUUAAAAGGAGAUUUUAUAAGUUUUUACUAUAUGCAUAUAGGGAAAAUCAAUGACCCCCAGGGGCCGGGCCAAUUUUGACCCCAGGGCUUUUAUUUGAAUAAACUUGGUAGACACCCAUUUAAAGAUGUUUCAUGCUUAAUAUCUUAGCUUUAGCUCUUUGGGUUCUUUAAAAGAACAUUUUUUAAAGUUUUUACUAUAUGCAUAUAGGGAAAAUCAAUGACCCCCGGGGCGGGGCCAAUUUUGACCCCAGGGCUUUUAUUUGAACAAACUUGAUAGACACUCACUAGAAGAUGUUUUAUGCCAAAUAUCUAAGCUCUACCUCUUUGGGUUUUUUAAAAGAAGACAUUUUAAGUUUUUUCUAUUAGUUGCCAUGGCAACCAGAGUUCUGCAUGGUAUUAAAUUCUUUGAACAAUUUUUAAAGGUGACUACUUAAGGAACAUUCCUGUGAAGUUUGGAUGAAAUUGGCUCAGCGGUUUAUGAGGAGAUGUCAUAUAAAGUAAAAGUUUACUGACGACGGACGGACGAACACCGGACGAAAAGCGAUCACAAAAGCUCACCCUGUCACUUUGUGACAGGUGAGCUAAAAAUUACAUCAGCUUGGAGAAUAAUAUAAACGAUUUAAUGAAGCUUUAAUUUGUUACCUAAACUGGUGUGAAGGUAUAGGAUCAGUAGUGUAAAUAGGACACAAUAUAAAAAGAUUUGAUUUUCCUCAACUUCUGAUGGCACAUUGAGUAGUAAAUGUGGAAGCUGAAUUUACUAAUGCGUGUUAAGGUGAUGUGGAUACUCUACCAAUUUCCAAAGAAAUUCAUCCUGGUAUGGACAACUACAGACAACAAUUCUUAUUUGUAACAUUGUGGAAUAAAAAGUAUUGUGCUCAUUAUGUCCUUGAUGAUAUGCUGAGCCUGCAAGAAUUAUAUACUUUUUCAAAUAAGCCACAUAAUAAGAUAAUGAAAUCAAGUUUCUCAACAGUGUGGAAUUUCACAAAUUCAACCUACAGAGAAAAUCUGACAAUGAUUUGGAUAACUGCAGACCAUCCAUCAGAGGAGAUCUUGCUCAGUUUUUUUGAAGAUCCUGAACAAGCAGGGGAUGACGUUAGUAAACAAAUGGUAACCAUCACUAACAAAGCUCUCAGGGGGAGGAAAGAUAAACAGGAUAGAGUGCUGUUUAUUUUUCCUGCUGUUUUUUCCUUCACUUUAAUUUUCAUUAUUUGCUGUGUAUUUUUUGUGUAUUUGUUUGUUUGUAUUUUGAAUGUGAGCGUAUUCAUUCUAACCAAAUACAAAAACAAGUACAUGACUUAUAGUUAACCAUUACAUGCAUUUCUGUUUGCGUAUUACUAGCCAAAAACUUAUGAGCUUGUUGCUUAAAUCUUGGAUAAGAAGAUUACAACCUCUUACUAAGGUUAUGUUCCCCUUAAGAACUUAUAUUAAUUCACAUUACAACAGAAAAAAGAAAAACAAUGACUUCAUCAAUGACAUUUGAAUCGUUACAAGUCCAUAUGAAAAUCUGGUGGAUGAUGCAGUGUAAGCCGAUGAAAAUUAAGGAAUGGCUCACAUUUAUUCUAUUAGUGCUGCUGUAGGACGCCCAAUUAAGUCUUUCUUUCCCCAACAGUGGAAAAAUGAACUUCCCCAAGCAGUCACACGUAUAGUGUAUGAGAGAAAUGUUCCAACAGAUAUAUCACCAUGAACUUAUCUUAUGUGGUCACCAGCAUUGGUACCACCUUCGCUGAGUGAGUUGAUAUAAAUCAUUUUGUGCCUUUAUUGCCCAACUCUCACCUUGUUCAUGUAUCAUGUUUAAGUGAUAGAGAUUUUUAUUUCAUUUAUUUAGAGUGUCGAGAUAAUUAUGCUAGUAUGUCAGAAACUGAGGCUGAAAUAGAACCAAACACCAGUCUUUUAGACAACAAUAAGGUACCCAAGUCAGAGCUCAAGUAUGAUCCUCUGUUAGAUCUGUCCAAGUCUGUUUUUCGACCUUCCUUUACCCAGUAUGCUUUCUAGUCUGAAUUCUACCCUACCUUAAGUCUGAAUGCUUCUAAGUUGGAAUUCAAACCAACCUUUAGUCAGAGUACUUUAGAAAACAGAUGCUGUAGUUUAAAGUUAUAACAUUUAUUGAAAAUUUGAAAAGAAUGUCAUAUGUUAAAAGUUUAUAUUUUUACUGUAAAUGACAUAAAAUUUGAUUUUAAAACAAUGUUUAACUAGCAUUUAUUGAUGAUAGAACAGUCUUAACAAUUUUUAAGGAAAAUACAUGUAUCCAGUAAAUUAAGUUCUGAUAUAAUAUUAAUACCAAGUGUUCAUUGUAAUAAACCGCCACCAUAUAGACAGUGUUUAUGGUCUACCAUACCGAACAGUACGUUC